UGUGACGAGCGCUUUGUGCCGCAGAUUCCCUGGCCGUGAUGUCAGUGGACAUGGGGAGCGAGUCCAUGAAGAUCGCCAUCGUCAAGCCCGGGGUGCCGAUGGAAAUCGUCCUGAACAGGGAGUCUCGAAGGAAAACCCCAGUAGCCGUGACGCUGAAGGAGGACGAGCGCCUCUUUGGCGACAGCGCGGCGGGCAUGGCCAUCAAAAGUCCAAAGGUCGUCUUCCGGUAUUUCCAGGAUCUUCUGGGCAAGCGUUUUAAUAACCCCCAAGUGGCACGGUACCAGUCCUGGUUCCCAGAGCAUCAGCUGGAGAAAGAUGCAAGGAGGGAGACGGUCAUCUUCAGACUCUCGGAAAAGUUGCAGUAUUCUCCAGAAGAGAUCCUGGGCAUGGUCCUGAACUAUUCUCGGGCACUGGCUGAGGACUUUGCAGAGCAACCAGUCAAAGAUGCUGUGAUCACUGUCCCUGCCUACUUCAACCAGGCAGAGAGGAGAGCCGUCCUGCACGCAGCAAAAAUGGCUGAUCUCAAGGUUCUGCAGCUCAUCAAUGAUAACACUGCUGUGGCUUUGAACUAUGGUGUGUUCCGGAGGAAAGACAUCAAUGCUACAGCCCAGAACAUCAUGUUCUACGACAUGGGGGCAGGUAGUACCGUGUGUACCAUUGUGACCUACCAAACUCUGAAAACCAAGGACUCAGGGAUCCAACCUCAGUUGCAAAUCAGAGGCGUUGGCUUUGAUCGUAUGCUGGGGGGGCUGGGGAUGGAGCUGCGCCUUCGUGACCAUCUGGCUAAGCUCUUCAAUGAGCAGCACCCACUCAAAGACGUCCGGCGUAAUCUCCGUGCCAUGGCCAAGCUGCUGAAGGAAGCCAAUCGCGUGAAAACUGUGCUGAGUGCCAACCUGGACCAUGUGGCCCAGGUUGAAGGGUUAUUAGAUGACAUCGAUUUCAAGGCCAAGGUUUCCCGACAGGAGUUUGAGAAUCUGUGCUCUGACUUGUUCGAGAGGGUGGCAGGACCCGUCCAACAGGCCCUUAGCAGCGCUGAGAUGAGUCUGAAUGAGAUUGACCAAGUGAUCCUCGUUGGUGGGGCUACUCGUGUGCCAAAGGUGCAAGAAUUUCUACUAAAAGCAGUUGGCAAGGAGGAGCUGGGGAAGAACAUUAACGCAGAUGAGGCUGCCGCGAUGGGUGCCGUCUACCAGGCAGCUGCUCUGAGUAAAGCCUUCAAGGUGAAGCCUUUCAUUGUCCGGGACGCAGCCAUGUACCCAAUCCAGGUUGAGUUCACUCGCGAAGUCGAAGAGGAGGAUAAGUCUAAGAGUUUGAAGCACAACCGGCGCAUCCUCUUCCAGCGCAUGGCUCCGUAUCCUCAGCGCAAGGUCAUCACCUUCAACCGGUACACAGAUGACUUUGAAUUCCAGGUCAACUAUGCUGAUGUGGGUUUCCUGAGUGAGAGCGACUUACGAGUUUUUGGGUCCCUGAAUCUCACAAAGGUGAAGCUGCAUGGUGUGGGCGAGAGCUUCAAGAAACACCUGGAUUAUGAGUCAAAGGGCAUUAAGGCUCAUUUCAAUAUGGAUGAGAGUGGCGUGCUGAGUCUUGAUCGUGUGGAAUCUGUGUUUGAGGCAGUGGUAGAGGACAAACCAGAAGAGGAAUCCACACUCACCAAACUUGGGAACACAAUUUCCAGCCUGUUUGGAGGAGGCAGUCCUGGGCCAGAAGCACUUGAGAAUGCGACUGAGACUGUUCACGAGGAAGAGGAGGGUCAAGCAGAAGUGGGUAGAGAAGAUCAGAAGGACCACGCUGGGCCUGCUACUGAGGAGAGCAAUGAGCAGCCGCUCUCAGCUCAGGAGAAACCUGCUGGAGAAGUUUCUGCCACUAAGGACCAGCAGGAGGAGGGUGGAGAAAAGGGAAGCCCCAAGGAAGCCACAGAGAAACCAGAGAUGGGAAAGGGGGAGGAGCCUGCGAAAAGUCCUGAGAGCAAUGGGAAAGCAGCAGCAGAGCAGCUGGAGGAGGAGAAGAAAGCCAAGAGGCAGAGGCUAGUGGAGGAGAUCGCUGUGGAGCUUGAUGUGCAUGAUGUGCUGGAGCUGUUGCCCGAGGAGCUGCAAAGCUCCAGCCAGAAGUUGCAAGAUUUGACGGAAAGGGACCUGGAGAAGCAGGAGAGGGAAAAAUCCGCCAACAGCCUCGAGGCCUUCAUUUUUGAGACCCAGGACAAGCUCUAUCAGGAGGAGUACCAGUUUGUUUCAUCUGAAGAAGAAAGGGAGGAAAUAUCUAGGAAACUGAGUGAAGCUUCCAGCUGGAUGGAAGAUGAGGGUUACAUAGCCCCUACAAAGGAACUGAAGGAGAGGCUUUCUGAGCUGAGGAAGUUGUGCCGGAGCCUCUUCUUCCGGGUGGAGGAGAGACGGAAGUGGCCAGAGCGCCUUGCUGCCCUGGAAAGCCUGCUGAAUCACUCCAGUAUCUUCCUCAGGGGAGCGCAGAUGAUCCCGGAGGCCGAUCAGAUAUUCACAGAGAUAGAGCUGAGCACUUUGGGGAAAGCCAUAAACGAGACAGAGCUGUGGAAGAAGGAGACCCUGGCCGAGCAGAGCAAGCUGCCCCCCACUGCCAAGCCCAUCCUGCUUUCCAAAGACAUUGAGAUGAAAAUCGCAGGCUUGGAUCGGGAGGUGCAGUAUCUCCUGAAUAAGGCCAAGUUCACCAAGCCCAAGAAGAGAGAGAACGCCACGAAAACACAAGCAAACAGGAACACCACUGGAUCUCCAGAGAAUGGCAAGACCAUUCCUCCCAAGGAGGACAAUCGGGAAGAUCAGCCGGAAGAUGCCAGCCCAGUCAAAGAACCACCUGCAGAGGAAGAAAUGCCACUUGAUAAUGAAUUGGACCCAGAUGGAGGCCCGCAAACAGAUAAGAAUCCAGAACCAAAAGAAGAGACCAGAACUACUGAUGAAUUAUAACACUUCCUCAAUUCCCUGUGUGCAUCAUCAACAUCUAUUUAUUUACAGUUAAUUUUGCUGUUUUUAUGAUGGACAUGGUUAGCGGAACAUGGCACAAACUGAUGACAAAAUGCAAUAGAAUUGUAUUUUUUCCCCUUUUUGUUUGAGGAUUUCGUUGUUGCUGAUUUGGAAAUGUUGUGCUGUAUCAACUCCUUUCUUUAAGGAUGACUUUCAGCUCUUUGGAAAUGUUUGCGGGGUCUGUCCCAGCUUUUUCCGUGGGAUUGGCAUUUUUCUGUGGUGGACUACAGCUACCUGGAGUGCUCUGGGACACAGUGCAGCGCAUCUGCCCCAGGCUCUGCUCUCAGUGCAGAGAGCAGGGCCUGCAGCCACUCUCCUUGGCAGUGGAAAACCUGAACCCUCUGAACGUGAUGCGUGGAUUAAGCCUGCCUGAGGGGCUCCUGCGUCAUCUGACUGUCAGGCUGCUGCUAUCACUGUGCCACAAAGUCAGACGAAGCAUAAAUGGGUAGGCGAUAACAGGCCGAAAGAAGCCCUAAACACUCCCCGCUUUAUCGUAUGAGGACCUAAUAUAAAACAAAAAGGCCCUCAGUGCCCGGGUCUAGAAUCGGGCCUGGCCGCUGAUGACCCCUAUCCUCAUCCCCGCUUUCUGUCCACCGUUAAUGCUCUGGCCAGGUUUCGCCCUUCUCUGUGCGGUUUAAGGGCCUCCGGGCAACCACGCUGCUGCUGCUCCGCCUGGCCAAAGCGAGGGAAGCAGCAGCCCUUCUCCAGCGGAGGGCAGAGGGCGGGCUGCUGCUGCUGCUGCUCCUCGCUCCUGAGGUUUGCGCGUCCGACUCCUGGAGCCCCUCAGCCGCCCUGCGCACCGUCCUUGACCUUAGCCGGGUCUCCUGUUUUGCUCGCGUGGGGGGGAGGGCAGGAAGCCACCUGUAGGGUUUGCUGUCCCCGGGCACGCGCGCCGCUUGUCGUCCGUCGCAGCGGAUGAGGAACGGAGGGGGUCAUCCUUCGCCGUACGCCAAGACGUCCCGAAGCUUCGGUUUCCAGCAGCGCGGCCUCGCCGGCCUGAACGCCGCCGCCCCGUCGUCCUCGGCCCCGGGAGUCCGCCUCGCGGGACAGGACGGGAUAUUCAUUCGGCGUUCGGCGCCGCUGGACUACAUCGGCCUGGAAACGCGCACGUUGAGUUUCUCUAAGCCUGUAACUGAGGAAUUUCUUCCUGUUCAGAAGUAAUAGAGUAAACCGCAAGUUCUACAGCG